GUUCUGUAAUUCGUAUAUACAUACACACUCUCUCUCUCUUAGUAUUGGUUGCAGUCGCACGCCAAAGCACGAAAUGCAGCAAAGAAUUGUUAUAAGGUUCUUAGACUGCACAAAGAAGAAGCAAUUAACCAAAGCUAUGCAAAUUGCAGUUUCUGUAGCAGGUAUUGAAAGAGUGGCUCUACAAGGAGAAAACAAGGACCAGAUAGUGGUAGUUGGUGAGGGAAUUGAUGCAGUUAAUUUGACCUCCUUGCUCAGGAAAAAGCUGGGAUCUGUUGAACUUGUUAGUGUGAUCCCAAUUGGUGAGCUUGAGAACCGGGAGGAGGAAGAAGAAGAAUAUACUUAUGGAACUACAUCCAUCCAGCCAACAGUAUAUCCAACUUACCCAGUCUGGACAUACCCAACUUACUAGCAUGUUGGAUAUUUCCUCUUAGCUUCUCUAGGUAACUGUCACCAAUCAGCUCCCAGAAUUGUGCAGUAUCAUGAGUUCUGUGAACAAUGUACUGCACGUUGUUUGCCAUGAUUCCAGUUUGGGAGUCUAGGAAAGAAAAGAAGAGAAGAGAAAUCUUAAGUUAGAAAAGAAAAGAAACGAAUCGAAAAGAUAAUAUAUUCCAUGUUAUUUGGGAGUUUUGGAGGAGAAUGGGAAUGAAGCAAUUUUCCUUUGUUUGGAAGUGGAGAAAAGAUUGUGUUUUACAUA